UGGAGUUCCAUGGAGUGAUGAGAUUUUAUUUUCAAGAUAAAGCUGCUGGAAACUUUGCAACAAAAUGUAUUCGCGUGUCUAGCACUGCAACCACUCAAGAUGUGAUCGAGACCCUGGCAGAGAAGUUCCGCCCUGACAUGCGCAUGCUGUCCUCCCCCAAGUACACCCUCUACGAAGUCCACGUCAGCGGAGAAGAAAGAAGAUUGGACAUUGAUGAGAAGCCUCUAGUCGUGCAGUUGAAUUGGAACAAAGACGAUCGGGAGGGCAGAUUUGUCCUGAAGAACGAGAACGACGCAGCCCCUGCUAAGAAGGCUCAGAGCAAUGGACCUGAGAAGCAGGAAAAAGAAGGUGUUAUCCAGAACUUCAAGAGAACCCUUUCGAAGAAAGAAAAGAAGGAAAAGAAGAAAAGAGAAAAAGAGGCAUUGAGACAGGCAUCGGAUAAAGAGGAUAGACCUUCUCAAGGGGAUGAUAGUGAGAAUUCUCGUCUGGCUGCUGAAGUUUAUAAAGACAUGCCUGAAACCAGCUUUACUCGAACAAUUUCUAAUCCUGAGGUAGUAAUGAAGCGGCGGAGACAACAGAAAUUGGAAAAGAGAAUGCAAGAGUUUCGGAGUUCUGAUGGGCGGCCUGAUUCAGGGGGAACAUUGAGAAUUUAUGCAGACAGUUUAAAACCAAAUAUUCCCUACAAGACGAUCCUGCUGUCAACUACAGACCCUGCAGAUUUUGCGGUGGCUGAAGCUUUAGAGAAGUACGGUCUGGAGAAAGAAAACCCUAAGGACUACUGCAUUGCUCGGGUCAUGCUUCCUCCUGGAGCUCAGCAUUCUGAUGAGAGAGGUGCUAAAGAAAUCAUUCUUGAUGAUGAUGAGUGUCCUUUACAAAUCUUCAGGGAAUGGCCAAGUGACAAAGGGAUUCUAGUCUUCCAGUUGAAGAGGAGGCCACCUGACUAUAUCUCAAAGAAAACUAAGAAACACGCCGAAGGGAAGCCACCAAAGGGGAAAGAGAGAGCUGAUGGGGCUGGCUAUGGCUCCUCUCUUCCCCCUGAGAAGCUGCCCUACUUGGUAGAGUUAAGCCCAGAUGGUUCUGACUCCAGAGACAAGCCAAAGCUUUACCGCCUUCAGUUAAGUGUGACUGAAGUUGGGACAGAAAAGUUCGAUGACAACUCUAUCCAGUUGUUUGGUCCAGGAAUUCAGCCCCAUCACUGUGACCUUACCAACAUGGACGGAGUGGUCACUGUGACUCCCAGAAACAUGGACGCAGAGACCUAUGUGGAUGGCCAGCGCAUCUCUGAGACCACCAUGCUGCAGAGCGGCAUGAAGCUGCAGUUCGGCCCCUCACACGUCUUUAAGUUUGUCGACCCCAACCAGGACCACGCUCUGGGGAGGAGGUCUGCAGAGGGAGGCCUGACCGUCAAGGGCCCCAGACACAAACCAGGAGCUGUGCAGGAGACAACCUUUGAUUUGGGAGGCGAUGUCCUCAGCGGGCCCGCACUGCCCUCAAGCAGGAGCACCACUAGACUGGACAGCGACAGGGUGUCCUCUGCCUCUAGCGCAGCCGAGCGAGGAAUGGUGAAGCCCAUGAUCCGCGUGGAUCAGCAGCAGGACUACCGCAGACACGAGAGCAGAACUCAGGAUGCUGCCGAGCCUGAAUUGGUACUGCCUGCAAGCAUUGAAUUCAGGGAAAGUUCUGAAGAUUCAUUCUUAUCUGCCAUUAUAAAUUAUACCAAUAGUUCUACUGUCCAUUUUAAGUUGUCUCCUACAUAUGUAUUAUACAUGGCAUGUCGGUAUGUAUUGUCCAGCCAGCACAGACCUGACAUCAGUCCUACAGAGCGCACCCACAAGGUCAUUGCAGUGGUCAACAAGAUGGUGAGCAUGAUGGAUGGCGUCAUUCAGGAAGUAGACCAGGUUGAUCAGAAACAAAAGAAUAUUGCCGGAGCCCUUGCCUUCUGGAUGGCGAAUGCAUCAGAACUUCUCAACUUCAUCAAGCAGGACCGAGAUCUUAGUCGGAUCACUUUGGAUGCCCAAGAUGUUUUAGCACACUUGGUUCAGAUGGCAUUUAAGUACUUGGUUCACUGUCUUCAGUCAGAACUUAAUAACUACAUGCCAGCCUUUUUGGAUGACCCGGAAGAGAGCGGUCUGCGGAGACCCAAGAUAGAUGACGUGCUGCACACGCUCACAGGAGCCAUGUCCCUGCUGCGGCGUUGCAGGGUGAAUGCCGCCCUGACCAUCCAGCUUUUCUCUCAGCUCUUCCACUUCAUCAAUAUGUGGCUGUUCAACAGACUGGUGACCGACCCAGACUCAGGGCUGUGCUCCCACUACUGGGGAGCUAUUAUCCGCCAGCAGUUGGGACAUAUUGAAGCUUGGGCUGAAAAGCAAGGACUAGAGCUAGCAGCUGACUGUCACUUGAGCAGAAUUGUGCAGGCAACUACUUUACUUACUAUGGAUAAAUAUGCACGUGAUGACAUUCCAAACAUUAGUAGUACCUGCUUUAAGUUAAACUCUCUGCAACUUCAAGCCUUGUUACAGAAUUACCACUGUGCACCCGAUGAGCCUUUCAUCCCAACGGAACUUAUAGAAACUGUGGUGGCUGCCGCUGAGGAUACGGCUGAUGAGCUUGCCCGCAGUGACGGCAGAGACGUGCAGCUAGAAGAGGACCCGGACCUGCAGCUGCCUUUUCUUUUGCCAGAAGAUGGCUAUUCCUGCGAUGUUGUGAGAAACAUUCCUAACGGCUUACAAGAAUUCUUAGAUCCUCUGUGCCAGAGAGGAUUUUGCAGGUUAAUUCCUCACAUACGAUCGCCAGGAACCUGGACGAUAUAUUUUGAAGGUGCAGAUUAUGAGAGUCAAAUUAUACGUGAGAAUACAGAACUGGCUCAGCCUCUGAGGAAGGAACCAGAAAUCAUCACUGUGACCCUGAAAAAGCAGAAUGGAAUGGGCCUGAGCAUCGUGGCAGCAAAGCGUAUUUGUCACGUCUGUGAUACUGAAGGAAGGCCCAGCAAAAGAAAGCAAGAGUUACCUCACGUGUGCACCCUGCAGGACAGCAUGGUGCAGGGUGCUGGUCAGGACAAACUUGGGAUCUAUGUCAAGUCUGUCGUGAAAGGAGGAGCUGCAGAUGUGGAUGGACGUCUAGCUGCAGGUGAUCAGCUGCUCAGCGUGGAUGGACGGAGUCUUGUUGGACUCUCUCAGGAAAGGGCAGCAGAACUCAUGACAAGAACGAGCUCUGUGGUCACACUUGAAGUAGCAAAGCAAGGUGCCAUCUAUCACGGCCUGGCCACCCUCCUCAACCAGCCGUCUCCCAUGAUGCAGAGAAUUUCAGAUCGUCGUAACUCAGGUAAACCCCGACCAAAGAGUGAAGGCUUUGAGCUCUAUAAUAAUUCAGCUCAAAAUGGCUCCCCAGAGAGUCCUCAGCUACCUUGGGCAGAGUACAGUGAACCAAAGAAAUUGCCUGGUGAUGACAGAUUGAUGAAAAAUAGAGCUGAUCACCGUUCCAGCCCCAAUGUGGCAAAUCAACCUCCCAGUCCUGGCGGGAAGAGUACAUAUGCCUCUGGAACUGCAGCUAAGAUCACAUCUGUCUCCACUGGAAAUCUCUGCACUGAGGAGCAGACACCUCCACCUAGACCUGAGGCCUACCCCAUCCCCACCCAGACAUACACCCGGGAGUAUUUUACCUUCCCAGCCUCCAAGUCCCAGGAUCGGAUGGCUCCUCCCCAGAACCAGUGGCCAAAUUAUGAGGAAAAGCCACAUAUGCACACAGAUAGUAGUCAUUCCAGUGUUGCCAUUCAGCGUAUUACCCGUUCCCAAGAAGAGCUUCGAGAAGAGAAAGCUUACCAACUUGAGAGGCACCGAGUCGAGAGCACCAUGGAUCGCAAGUCUGAUAGCGAUAUGUGGAUCAAUCAGAGUUCCUCUGUGGAAUCCAGUUCCUCCAGCCAAGAACACCUGAACCACUCCUCCAAGUCGGUUACCCCUGCUUCCACACUGACCAAAAGCGGACCUGGCCGGUGGAAAACCCCAGCCGUGGUGCCACCCACACCAGUAGCUAUCUCUCAGCCCAUUCGAACCGACCUGCCUCCACCACCACCUCCACUUCCUAUCCACUACACCAGCGAUUUUGAUGGGAUUCCGAUGGACUUGCCUCUCCCACCGCCUCCUGCCAGCCAGGUGGGACCACCAUCUGCUCAGGUGGCAGCCGCAGAGAGGAAGAAGCGAGAAGAGCAUCAGAAGUGGUAUGAGAAAGAGAAGGCCCGCCUGGAGGAGGAGCGGGAGAGGAAGCGCAGGGAACAGGAGAGGAAGUUGGGACAGAUGCGUACCCAGUCCCUGAACCCUGCUCCCUUCUCUCCCGUGGUGGCACAGCAAGCAAAGCCAGAAAAACCUUCUACACUCCCACGGCCUCAGGAAACGGUUAUUCGGGAGCUGCAGCCUCAGCAGCAGCCCCGCACAAUCGAGCGCAGAGACUUGCAGUAUAUCACCAUCAGUAAAGAGGAGCUGUCCUCUGGGGACAGCCUGUCCCCAGACCCAUGGAAGCGAGAUGCCAGGGAGAAGCUAGAAAAGCAGCAGCAGAUGCACAUCGUGGAUAUGCUCAGCAGGGAGAUCCACGAGCUGCAGAGCAAGGCAGACCGCACCUCGGAGGAGAGUGACCGCCUGCGGAAGCUCAUGCUGGAGUGGCAGUUCCAGAAGAGGCUCCAAGAGGCUAAGCAGAAAGAUGAGGAUGACGAGGAGGAGGAGGAUGACGAUGUGGAUACCAUGCUGAUCAUGCAGCGCCUCGAGGCUGAGCGAAGAGCCAGGUUGCAGGAUGAGGACCGCAGGCGUCAGCAGCAGUUGGAAGAGAUGCGCAGACGGGAAGCAGAAGAUCGAUCAAAACAAGAGGAAGAGCGCCGACGUCAGGAGGAGGAGCGAGUAAAGCGAGAUGCUGAAGAAAAGAGGCGACAGGAGGAAGGGUAUUACAGCCGCCUGGAAGCCGAGAGGCGCAGACAGCACGAUGAGGCAGCACGCAGGCUGCUGGAGCCGGAGGAGCCUGGGCUGUGCCGACCUCCGCUUCCACGGGACUACACGCCCCCCUCCCCCUCCCCCGCGCCCAGUGCCCCUCCUCCCCCACCCCAGCGAAACGCUUCCUACCUCAAAACACAGGUCCUCUCCCCAGACUCGCUGUUCACUGCCAAGUUUGUUGCAUACAAUGAGGAGGAGGAGGAGGAGGAGGACGGCAGUCCAACAGGUCAGGAUAAGUACUCCAGCGCCAGGAAGUCUCAUGAGAACCUUCUUCCUGCCACUGUCAGGCCACAGCAGCCCCCCCGCCAGCCACGCCCAGCCUCCGAUGGCAUCUUUCUCUCCAACUCAUUCCAGCUACCCUCAGCCAAAGCCAACAGUACCGCUCACAGAGCAGGCCAGCCCCCACUCCCUCCUAACAAACCAGGCUUCUACCGUCCCAGCCACUACAAAGGACCACAGUCAUACCCGGGGUCUGCUGGGACCGUGGCAGGAGCCCACGAUGCUCCUCGGGACCCAAGAGAGCAGCUCGCUAGAAGCCAUGAUGCAAACUUGGCUGGAAGUCCUGGAGCCCCUGAAAACCUGACGUUCAAAGAGCGCCAACGCCUCUUCUCUCAAGGUCAAGAUGUGUCGGACAAAGUGAAAGCCUCUCGCAAACUAACAGAGCUUGAGAACGAACUGAACACAAAGUGAGAAGAGGAGGAGGAGGGCACCUGGUGCCUACCUGAGUAAGCCCGGCCACGGCUUUGCAGCUGUGAGCCUGACAGGCACGGGGAGUUAGACUUCUGAGUUAAUUCUGUUUCUAAAAUGAUUGUGAUUUAGAGAUGUUCCAAUCCUAAGAAAUCUUAUUUGCUCUAUCAAGAAGUUAGCCUUUGUAUGAUUUGAGGCCUGAUGAUUCUUUGCGGUUCUACUCACUGUUAAGGGCCUUUUAUUCUUCUUGGUGUCUUGGGCUCACAGGGCAGAAUGAAGGGCAGUAGAGAUCAAGAUAAUGAGUUUGUCCUCUCCCCAUCUUCCAUAUCAUCCCAAGGAGCACAAACCAAGAAGUUCUGUUUCUUUUGCUUCCUAAAAUCUUCAUUUGGCUGUGUGCACUCCAGUGCCCACAGCCAGCCCACAGCAGGAAGGGUGGCUGUGCUCUGGGCCUGCCGCCCUCGGGGCACCUACCCCAGGCCGCCUCAUCUCCUGUCUGUGCCCAGGCCACUGGGAGCCCUGCUUCCUGGGGCAGGAUGUCUCAGCAGGUGUGAGCCUUCCUGGUCAAUUCUGAUGUUUAAGUUAAAAGAAUGAUUCAUAUUUUAAAGUUUCUACAGGACAGAAUUUUGUGUAUUUAAUCUUAGAGGAUUUUGGUUUUCUAAAUACCAGUUUGUUGUUAGACUAAUGGGUGCAGUAAAAAUUGAAGAUGACUGGUUGUCAGGUGUUUUGAUGGUCUAAGAACUAUGUAAUUCAUGUAAUUCAUGUUCCUGUGGGACUGUGCUCAGAAAUACCCAGCAGGGAGUGGGAGGCCCUAGGGUGACACUGAAGAUAACUGUUGCUCUGAAAUUUGAAAAGAAAUGUUUAUACCGAUACGCUGUCAGAAAAGAAAGGAAUUUACUUUUAUACAUCGGCAGCGUAAAUAUUACAAGAGUUACUCGUGGCAGUUCUAGCUGUGUCUCUUUUAUAGUAUAAGAGUUAUUUAAUUUUAAUUUGUGAAUUAUGAGUUAUCACUGUCAUGCCUUCAGCUGUAGGUGUGUGGCUGAUGGUGGUGGGUCGGACCUCAGUUUUGUUUGUAUGUGUGAUGUUAAAAAGAUAAAUUUCUUUAUGAUUUUAAGCACAUGUUCUAUUUGACAAAGCCCUACUGUGGGUCCAGAUGAUCUUUCUGUACCAUCCUAUUCUCUUAUUUAUCAGGAAAAAUAUGUGCACUUUCAAAUAAAAGAACAGAAGUGUUCGCCACCCUAAAAACCACUUUUAAUAAGAGUUGUAUGAUAAAUUGUUGAAAAAGUGAAAGUGUAAAUAUUUUGUACGUCUAUCAGGGUUAUUUGAAAGUGUGCUUUUGCCUUGUCCUCUGUAAGUAAGAGAGCCGAGUGGGCCUGAGAGUUGAUGAAGGAUUUGCCCCUAGCCCCGGGAAUGCAAGCUCCUCCCCGUGUCUGGAGAGCACUGGCAGCCCUGGGGUGUGGUGCCCACACUUCCCUGGAGAAGAAGAUGCAGAUGAUUGUAGGAUGACAGGUGUGCAGAAGGAUGUGCACACAUCUGUAAGUCUGCAUCUAGCCCAUGGUGAAGUAGAUUUGGCCACCUCUGGACAAUGAGGUCAAAUGUGAAUAUGUGUAAAGGCACAUUUCAUAAUGUGCAUUACUAUGGAAGAACAUCCAAACUGCUGUAGUUUUCCAUUUCUACUGUAUUUCAUUUGCAACCUAUUUUUAAUAAACUUUGUAUGUAUUUAA